AAGCCUUUGAAAUUUGAAUCUCAUUACAAACUCUGUAAAGUGCAGGAACAAAGAGUGUCAUUAUGGCCGAAGAAGUAUUGGUGUUUGGUGCGUGGCACAGCCCUUAUAGUCGCAGAGUAGAGAUGGCUUUGAAGCUGAAAGGAAUAGAUUACAAAUACAUUGAAGAAGAUCUAACUAACAAGAGCCCUUCCCUCCUCAAAUACAACCCAGUUCACAAAAAGAUUCCCGUGCUCGUACACAAUGGAAAGCCUGUGGCCGAGUCACUUGUUAUUAUCGAAUACAUUGAUGAGACCUGGAAAAAUCAUCCCAUCUUGCCCAAAGAUCCUUAUGAGAGAGCCAAUGCACGAUUCUGGGCCAAGUUCAUAGACGAAAAGUGCUUGCCUGCAAUACUUAAAGCUUGUUGGGGUGAAGAUCAGAAAGAGCGCGAGAAGGCUGCGGAAGAGUUAUCUAAGCUUCUACAAUUUCUAGAAAAUGAGCUCAAGGGAAAGAGGUAUUUUGGUGGAGAGACUAUUGGACUGCUAGACAUUGCUGCUAACAUGAUAGGCUACUGGCUUGGAGUUCUUGAAGAAGCUUCAGGGGCAUCAGAGUUGUUGACAAGGGAGAAAUUUCCCAAACUUUUCAAUUGGGCUAAUGAGUUUGUAUGUGUAAGUGCCAUCAAGGAAAGUCUACCUCCAAGAGACAAACAUGUUGCCUUUAUGCGAAAACGCUUUGGGAUGGUUAAUGCUUCCAAAUAGAUGAACUUAUACUCGCCACUCACAAUCGGUGCAUUAUUACUGCAUAAUAAUUGACCGCUUUGUCAUCAAUUGGGUUCUUUGUACUUUGCAAUUUCUUGUGAUUUGUCUGUAGACUGUAGUAGAAAGAGUUUGUUUGAGCCUUUGAGAGUUUGAGCCGUGUCCUUGCUUACCCUGUUGCAGUUUUUCAAUGAAGUUUUCUCCACUCUUGGUUGUUCUGUCAAUAAAAAUAAUGUAAA